GGGCACAAAUGUAUCGAUCAAAUCGACUAUCAAUUGUCAAUUCGCAGAUUAAGGCAGAGAAAUCAUACCAGGAUUACACAAUCAGCGAUAAUUCCGCUAUCUGCUUUUCGCGCUGAUAUGGAACGUCAUCUUGUUCUCGUCAAACAUUUACCUCUAUUCUUUAAAACCUUGUCUCAAUACAACAUCAAACGAAAUGCUUUUGAAUCAACUUGCAAACGAACUACAAAUUCAAAUUCUAACAGAAGUUUGGCUUCAAACAAAUAUAGUUUCAGAUAUCUUUACAACUUACGAACGGUCUGUAAAAGAUGGGACUUUUUAUUUCCCGUG